AUGAGAGCAACGCCAUCGCCGGUGCCUCGGGCAUUGGCGGCGGCACGGCCUCGUCGGGCGUGGGUAUCGGAGGACACCACCAGCAGUGGCGCAGGAGGUGGUGGCGGCGGAGGAGGAGGAGGAGGUGGUGGCUCCGUGAUGAGCGGCUUCGGCAGCAAUGGCAACCUGAACGGAUCGCACGUCUCCAGCAGCGGCGGAGGCUCCUCCAGUGUGAGCAACAACCUCAAUAUCGCCACGGCCACCUUGACGGCGACUCCGGCUCAUGCCAGCGCGGGAUUCGGAACGAUUGGCGGACUCAGUGUGGCGGGAAUGGGCGUGGGCGUCGGCGUGGGAGUGGGCGUGGGCGGGGGCAACUCCACACUCAAUUCGCUGGUCGUGGGCAACCGCCUGAUGAACAGCAGCCUGCCGACGCUGCUCAAAUGA